CCUUUUGGCCAAACGGCAAAGCUUCAGUGUGUGUCUGACUGUUGAUUUUUUUAUUGUCGUUAUAAAUAUAAAUUGAGUUCUAUCAGUGAAACAUCUUAUCUUGAACGUUACAUUGUAAUUUAGCCCGUUUUAUUUAUUGAACUGGGCGGGUUUUACGGUUUGAUUGGGCAGAAGACAAUAUUUCCGAUCUGGCAACCCUGCUGUCUCUCCUAUUUUGUGCUGUGCAGUGCUCGUGUUAUAUACUGCAACAGGGCAGAAGCUGCAUUUUCACCUUGCAUCUUAUUUUAUGCAAUUAUACAACCAGCGGACGGCAGAAGCAUCUGGACUGAGAUGGCUACGGAUAUAAUCAAAGGUGUGGACCAAGUGUCUGUUGGUGAAGUGUACGUGUCGGAGAAAUGUGGCAAUGACCAGGAUGGAGAUGGAUCUGAGCAGAAACCCUUCAAGACGCCUCUCAAAGCUCUGCUCUUCAUCGGCAAAGAACCAUUCCCUACAAUCUACGUAGAUUCGCAGAAGGAGGAGGAGCGUUGGGCGGUGAUCUCCAAGACACAGAUGAAGAAUGCAAAGAAAGCUUUCAACCGUGAACAGGCCAAGACUGACUCCAAAGAAAAGAAGGAGGCAGAAGACAAUGAGAGAAGAGAGAAAAACUUAGAAGAAGCCAAGAAAAUAAUUGUUCAAAAGGACCCCAGUUUGCCUGAUCCAGAAACGGUAAAAAUCCAUCAACUCGAAACAAAGAGAGGUCAGAGAGUCAAAGUGUUUGGAUGGGUUCAUCGUCUUAGGAGACAAGGGAAAAAUUUGAUGUUCAUUGUGCUGAGAGAUGGAACCGGUUUCCUGCAGUGUGUCCUUUCUGAUAAAUUGUGCCAGUGCUAUAAUGGCUUAAUGUUGUCAACGGAAAGCAGUGUUGCUCUUUAUGGCGUUGUGACUCCAGUUCCUGCUGGUAAACAGGCACCAGGAGGCCACGAGCUACACUGCGACUUCUGGGAACUGAUCGGCCUUGCGCCAGCUGGCGGGGCUGACAACCUCCUGAACGAAGAGUCUGAUGUGGAUGUCCAGCUUAACAACAGGCACAUGAUGAUCAGAGGAGAGAAUGUGUCCAAGGUCCUCAGAGUCCGAUCUCUGGUAACGCAGUGCUUCAGGGACCACUUCUUCAGCCGAGGUUACCAUGAGGUUUUUCCUCCUACUUUGGUGCAGACUCAGGUGGAGGGCGGCUCCACACUGUUUAACCUCAACUACUUUGGCGAGCAGGCUUAUUUGACUCAGUCAUCACAGCUUUACCUGGAGACAUGCAUACCUGCGUUAGGCGAUAGCUUCUGCAUUGCUCAGUCCUACCGAGCUGAGCAGUCUCGCACCCGCAGACACCUUUCAGAGUACACUCACGUUGAAGCUGAAUGUCCUUUCAUUACCUUUGACGACUUGCUCAACAGACUGGAGGACUUAGUGUGUGAUGUUGUUGAUCGAGUAUUAAAAUCCCCUGCUGGGCAACUACUCUAUGACAUCAACCCGGGCUUCAAACCCCCUAAAAGGCCUUUCAAGAGGAUGAACUACACUGAUGCCAUUGCGUGGCUCAAAGAACAUGACAUUAAGAAGGAUGAUGGCACCUACUAUGAGUUUGGAGAGGACAUCCCCGAGGCUCCUGAGAGGUUGAUGACAGACACCAUCAAUGAAACCAUUCUGCUUUGUCGUUUCCCAGCUGAGAUCAAAUCAUUCUACAUGCAGCGCUGCCCUGAGGACAGGCGGCUGACAGAAUCUGUUGAUGUUUUGAUGCCAAAUGUGGGUGAGAUUGUUGGAGGAUCAAUGCGUAUCUGGGACGCUGAGGAGCUGCUUGAGGGUUACAAGAGAGAGGGCAUCGACCCAACCCCAUACUACUGGUACAAUGAUCAGAGGAAGUAUGGCACGUGUCCUCACGGUGGUUACGGCCUUGGUCUUGAGCGUUUCCUCACCUGGCUACUGAACAGACACCACAUAAGAGACGUCUGCCUUUACCCAAGAUUCAUCCAGCGUUGCCGGCCCUAAACAUACACAUUCAAGUGAAACACUCACCGCAAGCCUCGCCUGUGGAGCCAUCAUGCCACCUACAUAUGGAAUCAAACAGCAGAAUUAUAGAUUUGUUCAAUUUUUUCCAUCUUAGAUGUUGCAAUUUAUGACCCCAUCAGCCAACCUUGUGAUUGUCCCCUCGUUAUUGCACCCACUUCAGCCUAAUCAUGUCCGCUUGUGCCCUCUUCUACAAACACAUUUCCUGUAAUUGUGAAGUACUUAUUAUGCUUUCACGCCUUAAAUACAGUCUUUCUGGCUUUGAUCAAAGGUUAGCAAAUUCUCUAGUACGGUUAGUACAGGGACAACAUGGCUCAGUGUUUUUGUUAAUAUUUUUGCAAUUGAUGUUCCCAUUUCUCUUGUUUAAAUUUCCAAAGAGCAUUCAAUGUCGACAGUUUCCUGUCUGCGAAUGUUUACUAAAUCAAAUGUCUGGCAUCACAAGAACAUUGUUAGAGAAGACUAGAAAAUACACAUGCACACAGGUCAUGAUGAUGCUGAUAGUGUGCGUCUAUAAUUGGAUAAAGUUUGAAUUCACUACAUUAUCACUGACAAUGAACAUUUAACUAGUGUUGCAGGGAAAUGGAAAAAACUAGCCUCGGCUGCUACUGUAGGAUUAGAUAAUAGCGGUUAUGUACGCGUCAUCAAAUGUUGGUUCUAUUUUUUUUUUCUAUAUGAUCAGAGGUAAUUGAAAUCAACAGCACUUCAAUAAAAUGAUGCAAACAAAUGAC